AUGUCCUCCCCCUCUACGCCGCGGACGACGCGCUCCGCGUCUCCGCCGGGGAACUCGCCUGACAUACUCACCCCCGGACGCAAAAUCAAGGCCAUGCUGGCUGCGUUCGACAGCGACUCCGACUCGGACAAGGGAUCGCCGAAACCAUUGAAGUCCAGUGCCGCCCUUUUCGGCAGUGCCGCCACGAAACACGCCCGCACAGAGCCCAUAGAUGCCCAGGAAAACAGCUCCGAUGACGAGGAAAUUGUCCGGCCAAAGGGCCGUAUGGCCGCCCGGAUGCAGGCUGAAAUUGACAGUUCAAACACGCAGAGCGCCACACAGCCCGAAUCCGCCCUGGAACGCGUCUCGAAGACGUUACACGCCUCCACUGAACGUGCAGACAACGCGCUGGAUAAGGCAGGAUCUUCAGAAGAAGAAGACGACGACGACCUCCCCAUGGCUGGACCACGACGGAGAAUCGCCGGCGCGCGCAACGCUACCCCCGGGAACGAGGACAGCAACAACGAUGCACCACGGCCGCGCGCGUUCUCGCCCUUGUUCAUGUCUUCUCCGAGCGCGGAGCGCCCAACCGCCCAGACCCCGGAAUCCGACGGCAGCGACGAGGAAGCACGGCCCAAAGCGAACGCCCGAUUCCUUGCGUUGGUCGCGCAGAAGCGCAAGGAACGCGAGGAGAAGGAGCGUCUCGAAGCCGAGAAGAAGGCGGAACGCGCGAAACAGCGCGAACAGCUGAGCUCGGAGAUUCUGUCUGGUGACGAGGACAGCGCGGAUGAGGGUGCUGCGCGUCGGAGGCUAGCGAAGCAGGCCCGGCCGCCUCGCAAGGCGAGCAAGAAGGCACUCGAGGAGAUGAACCGCGAAACGCAGCGGAUGAGCCGGAACAUGCAGUUGGCACAUCAGGCGCAGACGAAGAAGAAGAUUACCAAGGAGAGUUUGUUUGCUCGGUUCAACUUUAUGCAGCCUGAACAGCCGCAGCCGCAGCCGGCUGAUAGUUCCUCUGUCGCGGCGGACUCGCAGCAGUCGUCGGACGCUGAGGCGAACAAGGCUAAGGAUACGCCGCAGACGUCUCCCGUUAUGGGGCCGGAGAAGCAGCCGCAUCCGGGGCAGGAUAAGGAGGUUGAGUUCCCGUCUUUGCAAGAGAUGGUCACGGAGUCCCAGCAGGAACCUGCCGAAGUGACCGUGGCGCGUGUGGAGGACCGGAUGAACGAACCGCAGCCAAAGCCAGCUGCCCCAAAGGAGAAGAAGGCCCUGGCAGGCCCCUCGCUCCGUGUUCGCUUAAGCCGUCAGCAAGUGGCCCAGACUCAGAAGAAUGAUUCGGAUGAGGAAUUGGAGAUCGUGACUUCACCGGCGAAAUGCCGCCGUCUUGCAGUGUUCGAAAACCAUUCUCACAAGAGGACGCAAGAAUCUCAAGCGAUGAUUCAGCUAAAAGCCUUGGCUCAUAUUACCUCACCCUCUCGCAAGACCGGCAUGACGGCGGCUGAACUGUCUGCCAACUUGUUGUACCAAGCCAGGCAGCAGGCUGCCCGGGAAAGAAAGGAGCGGAUUGCCGAGCUCCGAGCCCAAGGCAUGAUGGUCGAAACGGCCGAGGAGCGUGCGGCGAUGGAGGACGAACUGGAGAAUCUCGUGGAGAAGGCGCGCAAGGAGGCAGAGGAGAUUGCCAAGAGGGAGAGGAAGUCGAAGAAGGGCGAGGAUGACGAUGACGAAGAAGACGAUGACUACGAGUUCUCGGGCUCUGAAGAGGAGGCCAACGAGGACGAGGAUGAGGAGGAAGAGGAGCGAGAAAAGGCUCGCCAUGGGGAAGGGAACAUUUUCGACUCGGAGGCUGACGAGGCCGACGAGUCUGAAGAUGACCAGAGCGAGGCAAUGUCGACAACAGAAGAAGUCCAGGCUCAGAGACGGAAGCGACCAAUUCGAGUCAUCAGCGACGACGAAGACGAAGAGCAAGAACAAGGACAAGAACCGAAGACACCUGCAAAGACAAUCACUCCCAGCGUCCGCUCAGUGGAGCGCCCCAUUAUCCCAGUUUCACCAGCUAACGGCAUGACCAUGAGUCUGACACAGGCUUUUGCGGGCACAUUGGGAGGUAGCCCGCACGACAGCCCUUCCACUAUCCCACAUUCGUUGCCAGACCCUGCUGGAGAUGUGACCGAUGACCGCCAGGAACCCGAUUCACAGACAAUUGUCAAGGACAGCCAGGACCAGCGUGCCGAGACAACGGAUCUCCUGUCAGGAUAUCCGCACUCCGAAGCUCGGGUGUCUGAAUCUCCCGGCCCUCGGACGCUGUCUCAAUUCUCUCAGAUCCCCGAUCCUACCCAGGAUGCUGGUUUCGUCUUCUCGCCAUUCGACCCUUCAAAAAGAUUCUUGGGUACGCCAACAUCGACUAUAGAAACGGUUCUCGUGGACCGUACAGAUUCGCGAAAUGCUACUCCUGUGCCAGAGAAGAGAGCCAAGCGGCUCCGGCGUGGACGCGAAGCUGAGCUUUCCGUUAUCGAAGAACAGGAAGAGGGCGAUUUCGAAAUCGAGGCCAGUGCUUUCGACGUUAUGAAGAAGGCUGUCAAGAAGCCAAGCAUCCCGUUCGACAAGCAAAAGAGCAAGGCGAAAGACAUUGUCGAUGAGGCCGCCGAAGAGUCUGACGAUGAAUAUGCUGGGCUCGGCGGCGCAAGUGACGACGAGGAUGACGAAGAGAACGUCUACGACCAGCAGAUGAUCAACGACAACAGCGGUGAAACCGUAGACGAGAAGCAGUUGGCUGCCCUGAAUGCACUCCACCAACGGAACGCGGACGAAAAACAAGUCGCAAAGCUGCUCAAGGACAUCACUACGGGUGCGCUGCGACGACGGAAAGUUGCCGGAGAUGACUUCGACCUCGACGACUCGGAUGACGAACUCCUGGCCCGCCGUCGUGAGAAGCAACGGGAGUUUGCGCGCAUGCGGCGGGCCCUGCUUGCGGACGAGAAGAUCGGCGAGAUCGCAGAGAACCCCAAGAAGGCCGCAUUUUUCAAGGCCAUCGAGGACCGCGAUAUGGAUGACGAUGGUGACCUAGACUUCCUGGAUUAUGAAGAGCCCACCGAGUCUCAGGAGGCUUCCUCGCAGGACGUGAACACGGAACCGCAGCAGGAGACUACCACCGAAGAAAGCAACAAACGCAAGAGACCGCUCGAGCCGUCUACCGAAGAUGUCAACAACCGACCUCCGCCUCAUAUGCGCCGCAAGCCAGCCAGCGCGAUGUCCAAGAAACCGACUACGCUUGCUGAGAUCCGGGAGACUGUCUCUUUCCUCACAGAACGGCCUGAGUAUGACUCGUUCCAUGAAGACGCGUCUGUAGACGAGGACGAUCAACAAGGAGAAGAUGGCGCGCUGUCAGGCACUCCCGAGAGAGAAGAGACCCCGGCUCCAGUCCAUCCCCGCCGGACACGAGGCCCAGUUGUGGACCGUUUGGCUCUGCUACGACAGGCGUCCUCCAACUCGGCAUCGUCUGCUUCCAACACCCGGUUGGCCUUCCAGGCUGGUUCUCGCGCGGACGCCUCCAACAUCGGCUUCCGGCCGCCGCCGCUGGUUCGACGAACAACAGGGUCUUCCAGCUCCAGCAUUUCGUCCAAGUCGUCCGAUUCGUCGCGGCGGGUGUCGAAGCCUGCUUCCGGGGUGUCCAUCGCGAAGAAGGGGGCCGUGAACUACUACACUGCUGCCCGGGAGAGAGAGCGGGAGCGCGAGAUCCGCUCCAAGCACCGCAGUGGCGGAUCGAAUAUCAAUGCGCUGUUGAGCAAGCAUGCGAGCAACCGAUUGGGAGCGCUGGGUGGAAAGGGAGAGUGGGAUUGA